AUGGGUGCCUACAAGUACCUUGAGGAGCUGUACAAGAAGAAGCAGAGCGAUGUGCUCCGUUUCCUGCUGCGUGUUCGCUGCUGGGAGUACCGCCAGCUGAAUGUGGUGCACCGCGCAUCGGGUCCAGCACGUCCCGACAAGGCUCACCGCCUCGGUUACAAGGCCAAGCAGGGCUACGUCAUUUACCGCGUGCGUGUGCGCCGCGGUGACCGUAAGAAGCACGCCCACAAGGGUGCCACGUACGGUAAGCCUGUGCGACAGGGUGUGAACAAGCUCAAGCCCCAGCGCUCGCUGCGUGCGUUGGCUGAGGAACGCGUUGGUCGCAAGGUGUCGAACUUGCGUGUGCUUAAUUCGUACUGGCUCAACCAGGAUGGCGUGUACAAGUACUUUGAGGUCAUUUGUGUCGACCCGCAGCACAAGGCUAUCCGCCGCGACCCGCGCAUCAACUGGAUUGUCAACCCGGUGCACAAGCACCGCGAGUGCCGCGGUCUCACCGGCGCCGGCAAGAAGAGCCGUGGUAUUGGCAAGGGCCACGGUUUCCACAACACGAUCGGUGGUGGCCGGAACGCUGCCUACCGCAGGAGGGAGAUCCUCCAUCUGCGGCGCUACCGUUAA